GUAACAAAGUCCCACUAGAGACUAGACUUCAUUCACUAAUCUUUGACAUGAUGACUUACUACACAAAUACCUUAUGUAUUGUUUCUAUCUUAUCUUGUCUUUUCAUCACCUCUUCUUUUGCAGGACCACCAGUCCCAAACGUUGAGAAUGGUACUCAGAAACUAAUCACCACUCAGAUUUCAUCACGUGAUAGUAAAGUCUCAGCAUCCAGCACGGUGAAGGGUCUAAGAGAACGUCCUCCAACGUCUUAUAGUAUUGAAAUCGAGUCUUUUAACACACUCAUGAAAUCUACCUACGCCGAAAGAUAUGAAUCUCGUCCUUUUAUGAUCGGUAAAUACAAUUGGACGCUGAUUGUGUACCCGAAAGGGAACAAGAACGAUAACGGCACAGGGUACAUUUCACUGUAUGUCGCCAUAGACAAGUCAACUUUCGUCUUUCCACUUCUCGAGGUUCAGGCUGAUCUCAGGUUUUAUGUCUUCAACAAGAAAGAGAAUAAAUACUUUACGAUGCAAGAUACAAAUGUAUUUCCAUUCAGCGCAGCCAACCCUAUGUGGGGGUUCCCUAGGGCUCUCCCUCUCACUACCUUUACUAACCUGAAAAAUGGAUACCUUUACGAUAUCGACCACUGCGAGUUUAGCGUUGAUGUCAUCAUUCCACCUCGCUAUGAAAUUACUAUGGAACAUUUCUCCAUCGCUAAGAGUUUUCCCAACCCGAAGUUCACCUGGUUCAUUCACGGGUUCUCGACACUUCCUGACGAUUACUUAUCAGAGGAUUUCAUCAUCGGAGGGAAAACUUGGAAUUUACGAGUUUUUCGAAAUGGUGUUGGCGCUCAAGAAGGCAAAGCUUUGUCGGUUUACCUUUACCUUAGCCAACAGGAGCUACUAAAAGUAAAGCCUUAUGAGAAGGUUUACGCUCGAGCCAAGCUUCGUGUUCCUAAUCAACGUCAAUCCAAUAAUGACGUGGUUGGUCAACUUGAUAACUGGUUCAGUCCCCAGAUAACAGGGUGGGGAUUCGAUGCCUUUGUGCCUCUUUCUAAUCUGAGAGAUACAUCAAAGGGUUUAGUUGUGCACGAUAUGCUGAUUGUUCAAGUCGAAAUGGAGGCCAUUUCUUCAACCAAGUACUCAGUAUGAACAUGUGGCAGCUAUAAUAAAGGGAUAAGAGAAGCUUCGAUAUAUUUUAUUUUUUGAGAUGAAGUUUUAUGUUUUAAACUUGCAUUUACAUGUUUCUUAUGCUCUGUGUUUUAAGUCUUGUGAAUGCAAAACAUUUAUCGUG